AUGAAAACAAAGUACUUGAAAAAUGAAAAGGAAAACAUCCGAGUGUCCCGUUCUGUCUCCCGAAAGGUGUGUCCACUGAUGGGAUGUCUCCGUGAUAUCACGUUCUGGAACGGUUGCCCAACCUGUCGCAUUUCAUACCCGUCUCACCACGAGUUGGUAACAAAGAGCUCAGGGACUAGACUGCAGACUCUUCACCUGAGAGUGUUGGCCUCUAGUCCUUUCUGUUCGGUGCCAGGGUCAGACGGGAAGGUUUCCCUUCCGGAGCAGAGACACCAGGCCUCACUCGAGGAGCUCCACUUGAAGCCGCGGUCAAUCUUGGGGACCAAGUCAACCAACCUAAUUUCUCCUCUGUCACAGAGGUUGCUGCUGGGCUUCUCCAACCUCGGAGAAAUCCAACUCAUCCUCUUUGCUGUAUUUCUGUGCCUGUAUCUGAUCGUUCUCAGUGGGAACAUCACCAUUGUCACGGUCGUAUGCCUGGCUCGCAGCCUCCACGUACCUAUGUGCUUCUUCCUGGGGAUCCUUCCCAUCUCUGAGACAUGCUACACUCUGGUCAUCCUGCCCAAGAUGCUCAUAAAUCUGUUGUCCCUGCUCAGAACAACCUCAUUUGUCGACGGUGCCACUCGGAUGCUUUCCUUCUUUGGUUUUGCUGUCACUAAUUGCAUGCUGCUGGGGGUCAUGGGUUAUGACCACUAUGCUGCCAUCUGUCAUCCACUUCGGUACCCUAUCCUCAUGAGCUGGCAGAUAUGCAGACAGCUGGUGGCCACUUGUGCUGUGAUUGGCUUGUUCUCACUGAUAGGCUCCCUCUUAGUCUUUGAACUCCCUUUCUGUGGCCCCAAUAAGAUCAACCACUGGUUCUGCGACAUCUUGUCAGUUAUCCAACUUGCAUGUACUGAAACCUACAUCCAUGAGCUGAUCAUCUUCAUUGGUGGGGUCCCAACACUCAUGAUCUCCCUGACUUUUUUCUGCAUCUCAUAUGGCUUCAUUGUCCACACCAUCUUGAAGAUCCCAUCCACUGACAGCAAGCGGGAAGCCCUCCCCACCUGUGCCUCCCACCUCACUGUGGUCAUCGUCCACCAUGGCCGUGCCUCCUCUGUCUACCUGCAGCCCUCAGCCAAGUUCUCAUCCAGCGAAGACAGGCUUGUGACAGUGACCUACACAGUUGUGACUCCGCUGUUGAACCCCGUGGUGUAGAGCCUCAGAAACAAGGCUAUCAAGAUGGCCAUUUGGAAAGUGAUUGCACCUUUCACUCAGCGGGUGACUCUUUUGACCUUCAUGGCAAAUCACAGGUUACAGACCCCUAAAAUCCUGGUCAUCGUUCUGUGGGUUAUUCUCAAGGAGGCACGACCGGGGCCCCAGGACCGUGAGGCCGUUUCCCAGACACCGAGGACAGGGUUGGGCACAGAGGGCUCUGCCGUGCACGAAGGGACCCCAGCAAGCCUGUGGCACAGACCUGACUUGUGCACCUACGAGAGAAAAUUCGGGAAAGAGGCCGGGAGCGAGCGGUAA